AUGUUCAAGAACAAUAGACUUGAUGAUUAUCUUGGUAUUUAUCCAACUACACAAGAAUAUCAGCUUUGGAUAUUGCAUUCAUAUGACAAAAAUGGCAAAGAAAUACUAUUUCAAGGAAUAAGAUACUGCACGGAUGGUGACACAUGUCAAUGUCGAAGAUGUAAAAAAUAUCGAAUAAACCAAUGGCCUUAUGAACGAUUAUUGUCAGCAACUCUUUUAUAUUUAACUGGUGUAAAUAUCGAUCAAAUUAAUUAUAAUGACCUAACCAAAUUUGAAGAAACUCUCGUCUCUGAUCACUUAACUAAUAUUAGUCAAUUUUGGAAAUAUGUAACUGAAUUAUGUUUAUUAGCUGGUGAAAAUGGAAUUGAAAUACUACGCCAGUUCACUAAUGGAUUAUUUGACAAACGUUUUAUAUACCAUCAUCGACUUCAUAUACCUUGUUCAAACAUUCAACAUCCGAAACGAAAUAAAAAAAUACUCAAGUAUUGCAGACAAAAAUACAAAAUCUUACAUGAAACUUUAAAAGCUGAACCCUUCUAA